UGAGCAACAUACCAAAUCUCCAACGUCCUGUGCUGUGUGUGCCGUGUGUGCCGUCACCUUCGAAAAUAUUGGUGCCCAGAUCAGUCUAGUCUACUCUUUUCUUCUUUGGCAGAAACCGCGUGCCGUAACCUGUGUCCUCUUCACUUCUUCUGAUGCCCACCUGCAGUUAUCAGUAAACCCAAGAUUCACCCCCAUUACACCUCCCAGAAGGCCAAGGGCGAGCUUCCUGCUAUCGUCCGACAGAAGUCGACAUCCUCGCUUGUAUACAUCUUUCAGAUAACUCAUUCGUCAAAAUGGACACCAAGCGACACCCGAGCUCGUUUCAGCAGCUCGAGAAGCUGGGAGAAGGCACCUACGCCACCGUGUUUAAAGGUCGCAACCGACAGACCGGCGAGCUAGUUGCCCUCAAGGAAAUCCACCUCGACUCAGAGGAGGGCACGCCUUCCACCGCCAUCCGUGAGAUUUCCCUCAUGAAGGAACUGAAGCACGAGAAUAUCGUAGCUCUUCACGAUGUCAUCCACACUGAGAACAAACUCAUGCUCGUCUUCGAGUUCAUGGACGGCGAUCUGAAAAAAUACAUGGACACCCACGGCGAACGAGGUGCACUAAAGCCUCUGACUAUCAAGUCCUUCAUGUAUCAGCUCCUCAAGGGCAUUGACUUUUGCCACCAGAACCGGGUUCUGCAUCGAGAUUUGAAACCUCAGAAUCUUCUCAUCAACGGGAAAGGCGCCCUGAAGCUGGGAGAUUUCGGUCUAGCGCGUGCUUUUGGCAUUCCCGUCAACACUUUCUCCAACGAGGUAGUGACCUUAUGGUAUCGCGCCCCUGACGUCUUGCUGGGUAGUAGGACAUAUAAUACCAGUAUUGAUAUAUGGUCUGCCGGGUGUAUCAUGGCUGAGAUGUACACGGGCCGACCUCUCUUCCCCGGCACAACCAACGAGGACCAGAUUAUUCGCAUCUUCCGCAUCAUGGGUACCCCUACCGAACGCACGUGGCCCGGGAUCACCAACUUUCCCGAAUAUAAGCCCACCUUCCAGCUAUACGCAACCCAGGACCUCCGAGUAAUCUUGCCCCAGAUCGAUCAUCUUGGUAUCGAUCUUCUGAGUCGGAUGCUUGUUCUUCGCCCCGAAAACAGAAUCAGUGCCCACGAGGCAUUGCAGCACCCCUGGUUUUCUGACCUACUCAUGCAACAGCAUCAAAUGCAACAACAGCAGCAACAGCAACAGCAACAGCAGCCAGCCAUACACCCGCAAGCUAGGGGCUACGUACCGCAGGCUGUCCCCCCUCAAGGUUCAUAUGAUACGGGCUAUUAGUCUUUCUGGAAACCAAACCACUUAGGGAGGCCUGUUUUCUAAAGUAACAGCGUCGUACAUUGAAUCUGACGAAAGGGGCGUACAACAUGAGACCUUGUUGUUUAGCGUC